CUGACAGUUAAGAAAAUAGUAGGUCUAUCUAAUCGAUAUAAAAUAAAAAUACAUUCUGUGCGUUGAUAUUGAUAUUAUGCUUUUAUUUAGUAAAUCAAAUAAAAUUGAAAGUCUGUAAAUCAAGUGCGUGUUUUGUGUGAUAGUUGCUAUAAUGGCUCACAAGGAGGACGAAGACUCAUUCCGAGAAGACGACGUAUACAUCAAUGCAGAAGAUGGAAUGCCUAACGUUCAUCCUAAUAUUGCUAAUUUAGAACAAGAAAGCGAUGUGCAAGAUGAAGUUGAUAAUUUCGAUGACUUGCCGAAGUCUGUUAUUGUAACAAACAUACACAGCGAUGUUUUCGCUGAUGAAAAAUUGAAGAAAGGAAUGGAAGAUUUAUUCCGUACAUUUUCAGAUAAUAUAACGUUCCAGUGGCUACGCAGUUUUAAGCGUUUACGUGUAAAUUAUGACAGUCCAUUGGCUGCAGCAAAUGCUCGUGUGCAACUGCAUCAAUAUCAGUUUCAUAAUUCGCCGAUCAAUUGUUAUUUCGCGCAACCUGUCACGCCUGUUUCGAUAAAGAAUCUGAAACCUCCAGCCCCUGUAAAACAAUUUCUGAUCUCCCCUCCAUCUAGUCCUCCUGUGGGUUGGGAGCCUCGUGAAGAAAAUGAACCAUUGGUGAAUCAUGAUUUACUGGCAGCACUGGCCAGCUUAGCUCCUGGAGAGAGUCAUGAGCUGCAUGCACCCACUCCCACACAGCCUGCCAUCAUUGUGCACACUGCUGUGACAUCAGAACAGAGCCCAAUUGUAGCAAAGAUACCUCAUACUCGUUGUCCGGAUUAUUGAAUGCCUUUGGAAAUAAAUCUAGUGACUAUGAAUUAGAAUAGUAGUAAUUAUGAAUGCUUUUUAUUCAAUUGCAUGUCAAUUUUUAUGACAAGUUGAGCCUAAGACAUUACAGCUGUCUGAGAGUUUGCUGUAAAGUGGAAGCUCCAGAAAAAAUGAGCUUUAGAAAUUUAUUAACAAUGUUAGACUAACAGAAGUUUGCUUGUUGAGAUGGAUAUUCAUUUAACAGAAAUUACACAUAAUUAAAUUGGUGCUAUGUUUUAUCAAAAGUAUAUUAAUUAAAUAUUGCUUAUUUUCACUUUAGUUACACAUCUCACCAUCAUUUUGCAAUGUGAUUAGAGUUCAUGACUUCAUUAUCAUCUAAAACUCUACUAAAGUAUGGACAAUAGUUGGAAACAUAUCAAAAAGCAAGCCUUCUAAAUAUAUAUUAACUCCAUAAAUAAGGUGGUUGCUCAAUGAAAUUGGUGUGUAAAUUCAUUUAUAAUUAUAUUUUUGAAUUUUUUUGAACACACUUAUUUUAGUAAUUCAAACAAUUUAUUUAUAUUGGAAAAUAUUGGCUAUAUGUACUUAAGGUUGGCUAACAAGAAAACUUACUAAAUGCAAAAAAAACAAUAUUUACAAUAUUGAGAUCUUACUAUGAAAAUGUAUAUUACACACAUUUGUAUUUAGUGUUAACUUGUGAGCUGGCCUGUUUUUUAACUUGCUCUCUUGUCAGCUGUCUUUAAAAAUUGAUUUAAAAAAUAUAUAAAUAAAAAA